GCGGGGAACACUACUAGCAGCGGUACUAACAAGGCCAGUAACAGCACGAGCAGCGGUACGGUACAAACCGGUAACAGUACGAGCAGCGACACGGUAAAAGCGGGUAACAGUACUGGCAGUGGUAAGAGCAAGCCUAGUAACGGUGCGAGCAGCGGAACGGUGAAAACCAGUGACAGUACGAAUAACGGUACGGUAAAGGCGGGUAACAGUACGGGCAGCGGUACGAGCAAGCCCAGAAACAGCACGAGCAGCGAUACGAUACAAACCGGUAACAGUACGAGCAGCGGUACGGUAAAGGCUGGUAACAGUACUAGCAGUGGUACGAGCAGGGCUAGUAACAGUACGAGCGGCGGUACCGUGAAGCCCAGUAGCAAUACAACCAGCGGUAGCGAAAAGGCCAGCGGUAUGGUAAAUGCGAGUAUUAGUACAAAUGCCAGUAACAGUACGAGCAACGGUACGGUAAAGACCAAUGGCAAUACGAGCGGUAGUACGGCAACAACCAGUAACGGUGGGAGCAGUGGUACGAGUAUGACCAGAAACGAUACAAGCAGCGGUACGAAUAAUGCUGUUAACAGACCCAGCAACGGUACCGUUAAGGCCAGUAACAGUACGAGCGGCAGUACGAACAAGGCCAGUAGCAACGGUACGUUAAGCCGUAACAGUACAAACAGCGGUACGAACAAGGCCAGUAGCAACGGUACGUUUGGCGGUAACAGUACGAACAGCGGUUCGAGCAAGGCGCGUAACAAUACGACCAGCGGCACGGUAAAGGAAAGUAGUAGCUCCGGCAAGAACAUCAGCAGCACAAGCAGCGGCGAGGAAAAGGGUGGCGGGAUCUCAGGCGGGGCGAGCAGCGGAAUCAACGGCGAAAAAAACGCAGGUGGGAAAACCGGCGGAGAGACGAGCGGCAGUGGCGGCGGCACGGCUGAAGCGGCGUCCGCAUCCGUGGGAGGGUGCGAUGUGGCCAAAGGAAGAUGGGUGCCGUCACAUGAACCACCUCCGUACACGGGAUUCACAUGCACAACGCUGCGGGCGUACGAGAACUGCCAGAAAAACAAGCGCCCCGACUCCACUUACCUCAACUGGCAGUGGCAGCCCGACGACUGCGACUUGACAAGGUUCGACCCAGCUGCAUUUGCAAGCCGCUUCAGAAACAAGGUGCUUGGCAUUUCAGGCGACUCCUUCUCCUCCAACUUUGGUAGCUCUAUCCGCUGCAUCAUCGCCUCCUUCACCACCACCAAGGACUUCACGUCCACGUGGUACGGGCAGGAUGUGCGCGGGUACAAGGUGCCGGCGUACAACAUCACCUUCCUCUCGCUCUCUGCCGUCUUCCUAGUUGACGCCACGCCCAUGGGUGCUGCCAAGAGCAGUGGCACCUGGAAAAUUCACCUGGACAAGCCCAAGGAGGUUUGGGCAUCCGUGCUUCGCUUCCUGGACAUCUUCAUCUUCAACACUGGCCAUUGGUUUGUAAAUGUGCGCCCCACAUGCUUGACCUCUCUGCUUGCUCGCACGCUGCCACCCCUUCUGCUAUUUGCUGACCCUUGCAUGUCUAUACCUGCCCCUCAACAGGCCCCCCCUAAGCUGCGGCAGUUCUACAUGAAGGGAGUGCUUCAGAGUGACAUGAGUCCAUUCCAGGCCAUGAGCGUUGCUCUUUCCACAGUGCGGGACUUCAUCAUCAACUCUGACUACCGUGGUGUGCCUGUCAUGCUCUCAUACUCGCCAUACCAUUACGAGGAAGCCUAUGGUGGCGACCCAAAGAAGAGCUGCAAAGGAGCACAGAGGCCGUUCACAAAUGCAGAGGUGGCUGUUGCGGAGAGAGGCACAGAAGCACUGGAUGCAGUGGUCACACAGCUGGGCGUGUUUCAACAAGUGACGAAACCACCUGUGAAGGCAGAUGAAAGAGCCACCUUCAGGAUCAUGGACGUGACACGGCUUAGCCUUAUGCGGCCGGAUGCCCAUUUGCAGAAUUACACUGGCGCAUCUGGUACCGACUGCUCCCACUGGUGCAACCCUGGACUACCAGAUACAUGGUCAGACAUACUGUAUAACGUACUGAUGUCAUCGUGA